AUGGGAGAGGAGAAGGAGGUCCGCCGUGAAGAUCAAGAAAAGAUCAAUCGCUUCAGCAGACUUCAUUCCCGCCACAAACUCUUGGAAGACGAGCUCAAAGCAAAGCAGAAGGACAAGGAAGAUUUGGAGGAAGUCUCGACCGAGCUGGAACUGGCAGAUGAAGACGAUAAAGUCCCAUACAAAAUCGGCGACACUUUCUUCAAUCUACCCGUGCCGGAAGUGCAAGAACUGCUCUCUGCAUCAGUCGAACGCAUCGAAGGCGAAGUGUCCACCGUCGAGGACAAAUUGACGGAACUUCGCGAGGAGAUGCAGGAGCUCAAAGCAGCACUCUACGGCCGUUUUGGCAAGAGUAUCAAUCUCGAGGCAUGA